AGGCUUCGCUGGGAUUCCAGUCUCCGCUCCGGGAAAGCGGGGGGGAAGUCGUUAGAGUUGCGUUUCGUUGCUUCUGGUUCGCCAGAGUUUUGCUCGUCGAUCACCCCGGGGGUCGAAGGGGCCGCGAUGUCCUCUGUGAAGGUUCUGUAUCCUCCCAAGAUUCAUCACAGCAUGCUUAACUCGGGAUGCCUCAAAGAUGAACCGACUCAGGGGAAGGUGGCCUUGGAGACGCGCUACCGCCUGGGAGCGCUGAUCGGGAGCGGCGGCUUCGGCGCCGUCUACGCGGGGACGAGGCUCAGCGACUCCCUCCCGGUGGCCAUUAAACAUGUUGCCAAGGAUCGAAUCUUGCAGUUCCACCAUAUGAAUGGCACUCUCAUCCCUCUGGAAGUCCAUCUGCUGAAGAAAGUAUCGUCCCCAAGUUGCCAAGGUGUCGUCCGUCUUUUGGAUUGGUUUGAGCAGCCUGACUCAUACUUCAUUGUUAUGGAGCGACCGCUUGUUUCUCAGGACCUGUUUGACGUUAUCACAGACCAGGGCCCACUCCCAGAAAAGGUGGCUGCUGGUUACUUUCAGCAAGUGGUGGAGGCAGUGCGCCAUUGCCAUCUGUGUGGUGUGUUGCAUCGAGACAUAAAAGACGAAAACAUCUUGGUAGACCUUCUGCAUGGUGACUUGAAGCUCAUAGACUUUGGCUCAGGUGCAUUGCUGCGGGAUACUCUAUACACAGAUUUUGACGGCACGCGGGUGUACAGCCCCCCUGAGUGGAUAAAAUACCACCACUAUCAUGGUUUGCCUGCCACAGUGUGGUCUCUGGGUGUGCUGCUAUAUGACAUGGUAUGUGGGGACAUCCCUUUUGAACGUGAUGAGGAGAUCCUGCUUGGAAAACUCCACUAUCACUGUAGGAUAUCCUCAGAUUGCCGCCACUUGAUUGAAUGGUGCCUUUCGUUAACACCAGAGAAGCGACCUUCCUUGGAGCAGAUCCUGGCUCAUCCGUGGAUCCUCACCUUCUUGGAGCCAAGCGGGCGCAAAGUGCAGCAGCCCACCACCCACAAAGGUGGCACUAGCCUCCGGACAGAAUAGGGGCAGCUUGUCAUACAAGGAGCAAAGGGCACCCUGGCUUCUCCUGCACCAAAGGACUGAUCUAAUCACUGUUUCUUAUUCCUGCUGAUUAGCUGAGCGGGAAAUUGCCAAUGGGGGCAAUUUCUGAAAUCCCAGUGGUGUGGCAGUAAUCCUGCCCAACUGACUAGACAAUGGGGCUGUCACACGGCUCCUACACAAGACAACAGAGACCAAGGGGUAAUGUUUUGUUUACACAAGGACUCUGCCUGGCCCUGCGUGCUGGGAAGGGGCAGAGACUGGCACCAGGGAAGCAGUUUCAAGGCUUUCUCUUAUAUGAUUUGUACGACUCAGGACCCCAACCACUUUGGGGCAGCAGGAUCGACUUCAUUUUUUUAUGUAACGUGGAUAUAUAUGCUUAUGUCUCUGCAGGUGACAGCUUAUUUAUUUAGCAUAAUAUUCCAUGGGGGGGAUCAUUUUUUAUGUUGAUGUUAAGCGUUUACCUGCUAUCAUUUUGAGAGUAAAAAAAUUUUUUUUUUCCUUCAGUGCAGCCCAAAACUGACUCGAUAACCUCUCCCCACUUUACCCCCAUAUAUUCAUUCCUGUUCAGCCAUUCCAAGUCUGAAACCAUGUUCUAGGGCUCGAUUUCUCUGCUAUUGCCCUAAUUUAUAUGGGGAAGGAAAUGAAAAGUAAAGACCUAAUCUCAUUCAAAAAUGUACAAAAGCUCAUCCAUAAAUAAGGGUAUGGUCGGUGUGUGUGUGUGUAUUAAUUGAACUUCUGGUGGGGAAAAAACUAGCUCCAAUCCUCUUCUUACAAGAAUCUCAAAUUUUGUUCACAUUCAAGCCAAGCUUUCAUUCCAAAGAAAAUUUACCUUUUCCAAAGAUGCUGGCAGAAUCUUGCGAUUCUAAUGGUUUUAAGAAUCCCGAGUUUCUUGUUUGAAGUUCCUGAUAGGAUUCUUGCCUCUUCUCAUAGAUCUUUCAUCUGGGAGACUUUGGAUAUGAAUGUGAAUGGCCCAGGUGGUUCCUCAUUCCAUCUCUUCAAUUUUAGCCAUCCCAUGUGGUGGCUUGCAAGUACAACUGAGAUGUUGGUUAAUAAAGGGAAAGCCUGGUGCCAUGGGUGUUUUCUUAGCUUUGGCAAAUAGCUUUUCAUCUGUUGAUUUUUCUGGACCUCCCUUCUCCCACCCUUGCCCCCCCUGUUUUGUUUGCCUUAGAAAUUGUGGGGUCAAAAGAGGGGACUUCUGUGUUUACCCUUAUUCAUAUUAAUAAAUUAGGCCAAAGUACUCUUAAUAUUUGACUUGUGUUUUGAAAAAGUAGCAGCAAGAGCCUUUUUUUUUUUAAAGAAAACUUUGGGUUACAUGGGGUUUUCUCCGUGAUUCCCCAUCUUUUAAACAGAAGUCAAAACCUUCUCUUAGCCAAAUUUAUUUCGCUGGUUGUUUUGAAUUCUGGUCUUUCCACUUAGUAAAAAGAGAAGGACGCUACAUCCCCAAGCAGUUAAGACUGACAGUAGAUAUUUGAGGUGAAGAUCCAAGUCGAUUUUCACGCAGAUUUAUCAGUCAUGAUCAUCUAAGCCGGGUUCUGCAAACUUUAGCAAGCGGAAAGGAAUGCUUGCCACAAACUUGCUUGUCCUGAAUGAAGCAGGUGAGAUGAGCAUGCUUGAUACCCUGAAAAUUCAAAUCUUCUAAAAGGAGGAAUAUUUUGCUCUCGCUCU